AUCGUCGAAUCACAUGACUCGGAUCGGCGAGUCGCGAUCUCGAUCAUUCUGCAUUGGUUCCUGAUUUGGACUUGCGCUUGCCUAGAAUUACUUCGCAACUAAGUGAUUUGUUGGGUUAUUUCGUUUAUUGCUUGACUCACCAUGAAGCUUUUGCUCAUUGUAGCCAGCCUGCUGGCCGUUGGAAUGGCCAUGACCGACCUUGACAUCAUGCAGGCAACUGUAGUUCAAAAAGUCAACAGCUUAAAAACUACCUGGAAGGCUGGUAUCAACUUUGAAGGAUGGCAACUGGACGACUUCAGGAGAAUGCUUGGUGCUUUGAAGAAUCCUAAUGGCAGACUUCCAAAGCUUGAGAAUCAAACAAGAAUCAAGGACCUUCCAGAGAACUUUGAUGCUCGCGAAAACUGGCCCAACUGCCCAACCAUCAAGGAAGUUCGGGACCAGGGAUCCUGUGGCUCCUGCUGGGCUUUUGGAGCUGUCGAGGCCAUAUCUGAUCGCAUCUGCAUCAAAAGCAAAGGACAAACCCAAGUCCACAUCUCAGCCGAGGAUCUCAUGACCUGCUGUAAGGCCUGCGGAGAUGGGUGUAAUGGAGGAUUCCCAGGUUCUGCUUGGGAAUACUACAAGGAUACUGGUAUAGUGACAGGGGGUCAGUGGAACAGCAGUCAGGGUUGCCAGCCCUACCAGAUCAAAUCCUGUGAUCACCACGUCAACGGAACCAAAGGACCCUGCCAGGGCGAGGGCCCAACUCCUGAAUGCAAGCACAAGUGUGAAGCUAGUUACUCCACUCCUUACGAGCAGGAUAAACACUAUGCCCUGAGUGUUAACAGCAUCUCUAAUAAUCCCGAAGCCACCCAGACAGAGAUCAUGACCAACGGACCGGUGGAGGCCGACUUCACUGUCUACGAGGACUUCCCCACUUACAAGAGUGGUGUGUAUCAGCAUACUACAGGAGGAGUCCUUGGAGGUCACGCCAUUAAGAUCCUUGGAUGGGGCGUGGAGGAGGGGACCAAGUACUGGCUGGUAGCUAACUCCUGGAACAACGAGUGGGGCGAUAACGGAUUUUUCAAGAUCCUUCGUGGCAGCAAUGAAUGUGGUAUUGAGAGUGACAUCAACUUCGGAAUCCCAAAAUAGAUUUUUUUUUUCUUUUCUUUCUUCAAGAAUUUAGGGAUGACCUGCAGUUACAAGUUCAUCUUGAAAUAAAAUUAAGAAGCCUGCAAUAAAUAUUAGUGUAAUUUCACAAUAUUCUUCUUCUUUUUUCUUUCUUUUUUUAUUAAUAGUAAUAAUGGCAUAUGAUAUUUGAAUCUAAUCCAUUAAAGAAGGUUUAUUACAACAGAUUCGAUUUUUAGGCACUGGAAAAAUAAACAUAUAUUUUUGGUGUAUAUGAGCAUGUUAUACUUUCCAGUGAAUAUGAUAAUGGAUAUGAUUAUUAUCUCAUGAUAAAUGCAGGUCCAUUUCCAGAACUUGAGACUAAUUGACAUGGAUUAGGUUUUCAUUAUAUUUAUGUAUAUAUGGAAACAGUACUCUAUAUAGCUAGGCAUAUACAUAUAAACCUAUGUCUGAUUACAAUAAAUUGUUCUCUACACUAGGCCUUAAUUGUUGUGUAGUGUUUUAAUAACAAAUUGUCUGUUUGAUGCUAGAAGGACAUUAACUCAUAUACAUGUACUUAUCAUAGAGUUAACGCCCUUCUGGCUCCAAAGAGAUGAUAUGUUAGUAAACAGAACGUUAUUCAAAAAAAUAUUGUAAGGUUGAAUAUUUGUAUCAUUUUUUUUUAUGUAUCACCGAAACUGAAAUAGAUUAGAACUGUAAUGAUGUCUUAAAGAAAUUAAACAUGUGAAAGCUUGAAUAUUUUUUUAAUUUAGAAGUAAGGGGUUGUAUAUAAUGCAGUUUAUACAAUUUAAAAACCAAUUGUCCUCUUAUUUCUGAGAGGUCUUCAUUUUAUGCACAGUAGAUUUACACUAUGUACACCGAUGCCUUGCAAUGAAACUUUUGAAUAAAGAUUUGUGUAUACCAGUACUCACAAAUGUUAAUUACAAUGGUAUUCCUGCAAUACAUCCUCCUUAUGUGGGAGCAAGAUUUCACUUCAUUUCAGAAAAACUUCAAAGUUCAAUAUUUCGGUGUCUACAUGAUGCAGUCUCUAACAGCUAGUGAGGUGGUACAGUGUAUGUGUGAAUUGAUUUGUUUCUUCUGAAAUGAAUGUACAGUACAGGGCAGGGUUUCACAAAACCGAGUUCAAUUUUCUUCAUUGAAAUGCAUCAAUUAAAACUACCGCUUGUUUCAGUGGAAUGCCGAAGAGCCAAAACUUAUGACGGUUUCGUGAAACAAUAUCCAUAUCUUUUUAUAUAAAAGUUUAGAAGUCAGUCGAGACAAGAUGUGAUGUUUAUCAGGCAUUGCUUCUUGUUUGUUUAUUUGAUAAAGUCUUUCACUGGAACAGUUAAGUGUCAGGAUAACUUGCUGGUAUCUUUUUAAUGAAUGCAAAUAUUUAUUUUUAUACCAAUGGUGAAUGAAUCAAUGUUUUUUACAGAUCACAAAUGCAAUAAAUAAAAUGGAAAUCUGCAUACUA